AGCCUCUGUACCGUUGGUUCUUGUCGGACAGCAUCCAGUCUUUACAACCUCCCAAAUCCAGACGAGGAAGGUAUUCUCAUUUUGGUCGGGGAACUAAGAAACCAGCAUCUUCAACACCUCCAUGUUGCUCUAACGAUGAUGGCAGUAAGGGGCCGGUUAGUGCCCUGUGUGUGUCUGGGGGUCCUGGGCCUGCUGUGCUGGGUCUGGGUGUCCUUUGCCUCUCUGCCAGAUGAUGAGCUUCCCCUGGGGUCCUUGGAUGCAGUGGACCGAGGAGCCUUUCAGCCUCAGAGUGCUUUAUCAGAGAUGGAGUUUGCAUCCAUCAGUUCAUACCGAGGUCCAGGCAACAAUGACCGCCGCAGCAACAAGGAGCUGCCAAUUCUCCUUUGGUGGAGCGGGGGUUUGUUCCCUCAUUUCCCAGGGGACAGUGAACGUAUUGACUGUGCCAUAUCCUCCUGUCUGGUCACAAGCAACCGCAAGGUCCAGCUGUACAAAAGGACAGCAUCCAUCAUCUUUUAUGGCACUGACUUUCGGGCAUAUGAGGCGCCACUCCCCCGUCUCCAUCAUCAGACCUGGGCACUUUUCCAUGAAGAAUCACCCAUGAAUAAUUAUCUCCUCUCCCACGGACCAGGAAUUCGGCUGUUUAACUACACUGCCACGUUUCGCAGGGAGUCAGACUAUCCUCUGACACUGCAAUGGCUGCCCUCUCUAGACUAUUUGCUGGAACCUAUAGCCGUGUCCCUGGAGGAGAAGAAGCGGCUGAGGAGGGAGGGCCUGGCGCCCGUGCUGUACAUGCAGUCUCACUGUGAUGUACCAUCAGACAGAGACCGAUAUGUACAGGAGCUCAUGAAGUACAUUGAGGUGGAUUCUUAUGGGAAAUGCUUAAACAACAAACCUCUACCUGAAUACCUGGAGGACACGUCCACUGCCACUGGUGAAGAUCCCAAAUUCAUGAAUUUUGUUGCCCGCUACAAGUUCCAUCUAGCACUGGAAAAUGGUUUAUGUCCUGAUUACAUGACAGAGAAGCUAUGGCGGCCCCUCCAUCAGGGCUGUGUGCCUGUAUAUCGAGGCUCCUUUGUGGUGAAAGACUGGAUGCCCAAUGGCCACUCUGCCAUCAUCAUCGAAGACUUCCCCACUCCAAAAGCUCUUGCGGAUUUCCUCAAAUUUCUGGAUGACAAUGAUGACGAAUAUGCCAAAUAUAUCCAGUUUAAGAACCCCAGCCAUAUUACUAAUGCUCAGUUGCUGGAGACUUUGGAGACCCGUGAGUGGGGGGUUAAUGACAUGAGCAAACCCAACUAUCUGAAUGGAUUUGAAUGUUAUGUCUGUGACCAGGAGAACACCAGACUUGCAGCAGAACGGGUUUACAAAAAAGCCCCUAAGAAAAACCAACCACCUCAGCCUAAAAUGGCUGAUAACACCCACAUGGGUUGUCCCCUCCCCAGCCCAGGAUAUGGAGAUGUCCAGGACCUGCCAGCAGAUGAUGGAUGGUUGCAAAUAUGGCCUCAGGAUUACUGGCAGAGCUUGGACCAAGCUGAGGGGCUGGAGUCUCUGAUAAGACAUAACGAGUCAGACCCUUCACUGCUGUGGAGACACAUCCAAAACAUUGCUGUGAGCAGGGCCAGAGGAAAACAGUGACACAGGCCUUGAAACAAACGAAGGAUGGAGCACAUCCAGAAUUCCAGGGAUGUCAUAUAUUAUGCAUUAUCCCCUCUGUUUAAGUGAGGGAACAAAACAGAAAUUACUCAGUUUUCCAUCUGAGCCAGGACUUAUUUACAGUUACGAGCAUAUGUACUACAGCCGACUUUGUAUUCAGAUAACAUUACACUUUUGUCCUUCAACAAAUUCAGUAAUGGUAAAUGUCUUAGAAUGGUCUAUAAUAACAUUUUCAAGUUGUUUUAGUGCCAUAACUGAGGUGCCAUCAUUGCUCUUACUGUGCAUUACAUUGUAAAUAUUAACUGCCUACAUUGCAGUUGUUCCACUGUGGCACAUUCUCAUGGGAGGAAGACUUUCAUUGGACUGGGACAGAGCCAAAGAUUUGUCCUCUGUACCAAGGGAGCUCUGCCUAACAGUGUGUGAAGACCAUCAAGACACUAGCCGAUGAACAGUAUUAGUUCCUUUACAGUUAACUCCACAGGAGGCUGAGGGUUAUUACCUAGAGUCACAUUUAUGUACACAGCUAUUUUAAGUGACUAUGCAAGUCAAAUAUUAUUUCACAAAAGGCUGGAGGAUGGUAUAUUUAAAGAUAAGUACAGCUACUCAGUUGGAAAUCUCCGCUGUAGUUGCAAAGUAGCUCUCAGGACUCAUAUAAUAUAAGCUCAUCUAAUGAAUUUCUGUGGUAAAUGCUUGAUAAUAUAUUGUUUUUACUGUUUUCCGUUACAUGACAAGAAUGUGCAAUAGUUUUUUUUAAGCAUGCUUUUCUAAAACAUUAAAGGAUUGAGGCAGCACACUACCUUUACUGUAUAUGACAUUUGUACCAGAAUCAUGUAAAGCAUUUUAUUUUAACAAAGCAUUGUACAAUAUUUUGUAUGAAGAACAAAUGAAUAAAAUGUUUUAACAAAGUA